UCCCACGUAUUACACCUAUUCUGCCCCGUGCAUCGAAUAGGGUUCUCUUAUCAUGCCAUGAAACUGUAUGCCAGUAUCAUCUCAGAUACGGUCCGUUACGCACGCUCGUUGAAUCGUUCCCCGCUUCCAAUGGCACCUGCUGCUGCUACCUAUUGUAUUAUCGGAGCUGGACCUUCCGGUCUAUGCACCGCCAAACAGGCGCUAGCACUCGAUAGCCAUGCUACUGUGACAGUGUUUGAACAAUCUAAGCAAAUUGGAGGCUUGUGGGCUUACACUGAUGACACUGGAAAAGAUUCAAAUGGCUUGGAUAUUACAUGCAUGUACGCGAACCUUCGCACAAACCUCGUCAAACAGGGCAUGGGAUAUCCGGACUAUCCCAUCGACGAACAAGCGCCUACAUUCGUGACGAUUAGCGAUGUGAUAAAGCAACUGGAAGGGUACGUCGACAAGUUUCAAUUGAAGAAGGUGAUUCAAUUUGAACGCGAGGUUGUUCGAGUGACCCGAAAUUUCAGUACCGAUCGCUGGGACGUACUGGUGAAAGAUGUAGCCGCCAAUCGAUAUGCCAUGCAUCAGUUCGAUUUCGUACUGGUAUGCAAUGGUCAUUACAGUUCACGAAUAAUUCCAUCUUUCCCGGGACGGAACAUAUUCCGAGGCCAGCAGCUGCACAGCAAAGAUUAUCGCCGUGAAGAAAACUAUCGUGAUCAGCGUGUGCUUGUUGUUGGUGGAGGACACAGUGGAAUGGAUAUAGCACCGGCCAUUGCUCUACAUGCCGAUAAGGUUGUGCUGAGUCAUCGGUGUAAUGAUCCCGUUCAUACCGGCGAUCGAGUGGUACAGAAGCCGGAAGUGUUGCGCCUAACGCAAACUGGUGCAGAAUUUGUGGAUGGCACACGGGAAGAAUUCGACACCAUUAUCUACUGCACGGGUUAUCGCUACUCGACACCGUUUCUCUCAGUGGACUGUGGCGUGUCUUUAGAAAACAACACCAUCAGUCCCUUGUAUUAUCACUGCAUCAACAUCAACCAACCGACUAUGGCCUUUAUCGGGCUGCCUUUCAACGCCUGUCUUAUGCUUAUGAUGGAUCUGCAAGCAAGAUUUUGCCUGAAAUUCUUUACCGGUCAAAAACAGUUGCCGGGCAAGCAACAAAUGCUAGAGUGGUGGCAGAAAGAUCAGCAGGAGCGAAAGGAGCGCGGUUUAAGUGGGAAGCUAUCUCACAUGUUAGCUGGAGAUUUACAGCAACGGUACUAUGACGAUAUUGCGCGAAUUGCCGAGAUAGAAACACUCAAGCCCGUGCUCGCGAAAAUGCACGCCGAUUGCAUCAACAGUAAAAAGGAGGAUGUUAAUUUUCGUAAUUUUGAAUAUCGUAUCGUUGACGAUGAACAUUUUAUUAAGGUUCAAAUACCACCCACACCGACGAUGAGCUAAAAUCGCAACGAUGAUCGAGAUUUAAUGGUUCAGAGCGAUGACCGUCGUACUGUUCUUUCAGAGCAUUCAACAUUCAGUCGAUGUAUUCCAAAUUUAGAAAUUGAUUUUCGAUAAACUAUCCCGUUGAGCAACGCACAAUUAAACAUGUAUGAGUCAAUAAUACGAACAUGGUUCUUGAUGUAUUACGAAACGCUUUACUAGAUAUUAUCAAAAAGUAUACGUUUUAUUGGAAACAUCCAAAAAUAUAAAUGCAUCUACAAUUGAA